AUGGUCACACUAUGUAACGAUGUCCUUGUUGACAUCUUUUCACGUUUACCAAUCACAUGUUUGUUCCAGUUGAAGCGCGUUUGUCAACGUUUUAAUCAAGUCAUCAAUUCCAUCUCCUCUGAUCCUAAGUUGUUGCCAACACAUGAUGCUCUGGACCUCGGAUCUGUGCAUGGUUUCUUUCACUUUUCGUGUCGUAGUCCACAAAACAUAAGGUAUCUUUCUCUUCAUCCUCAACAACAAUACCCCAUUGACAAUAUUUCUGUCAGCUCUAUUCAUUCUUCUUCACAUCAAAUUGUUGAUUCUUGUAAUGGCCUUCUUUUACUCAAUUUUGUGAAAACCAAUCUCUUUACUCUUUGUAACCCAACAACAAAGAAACACAGAUAUAUUGUGAAACCAGAAAAUUGGUCUCCAAACCCAAAGCAAAAUAUUGGGUUGGCUUAUAAUGAUCGCUCUAGUACUUCGAUGAUUUCCAAUAAUCAUUGCCAGUUGGUUUUUGUUUAUAAGAUGAGGAAUCCAUUACGUGGAACGGAAAUCUAUGGAUUUAGAACAUUCUCAUCUAAUGCGAAUGCAUGGAUACGAGUGGACUCUGGACUAGUGUGUCAAUCAGGUGAGUUUGUCAAACAUGGUCAAGCGGUUUACUUCAAUGAAUCUUUGCAUUGGAUGAGAAAGUCUGGUGAUGUUAUUGUGUUUCAUACAAAGGAAAACAAGCCAAGAAUUAUGAGGAAGUCCCAUCUCCUCGGUGAGUUCAAAGAUGACAUGUGGUUUGGAGUCACAAACGGUUCAAUCAAUAUAGUACAUGUUACAAAGACAGAGGUGGUCAUCUUGGCACUCCAUGAUUAUGUAAAUGGCGUAUGGAAGCGUGUUCGAUUCAAAACCAAUCAUUGGUCACUAAAGAUGUUGUGUGACUUCUGUCCCAUCUUUUUUGAUGGGGAGUGGAUUGUUUUGCAGAGCCAUGGAAAUUUUUUGAAUCAAUUUUUUUCGUAUAAUAUCAGGUUGUGUGAAUGGAAGAAGAUAGGAGAUUUUACAGAUUCAAAUGAUGGAAUUCACGAGUGCAUUCCUUUUAUACCUUCUUUAGCAUGGUUGGACACUGCCAGUGAGGCAUUGAAUAAUAAUUUUCUAGAAGAAAAUUACUCCAAUGGCAGAUAUGACCACUUUUGGCCUAUGAUUUUGGGAACAAGAAAAAGAGCAAGAGUAAAUUCUCAAGUUCCAUCAGACAGCAGAUCAAAAAGAGUGAUCCGAACACCAGCACGGUUUGAUGAUUAUUGGAGUGAUUUUCUUUGA